AUGAUUUGUGCGCAGACCCUCGGCGCACUGGCCCUGCUUGCCAUGGUGAAGGUCCUGGUCUACCAGGGCUGGUGGGCCUUCGUCUCGCUGUCGACACUCCUCCUGUCGCUGACUGUGGUUCAAGUGGCAAUGAAGGCGGCGCUGCAUGAAGGCUUACCAUAUCCGUACUCCUUGACGGCGUUCCACAUGCUGCUCACGGUGCUGACUGCUUUUGCUUCCGGCCCACCGCGGCCAGGCGAGUUGCAGGCGGCGCUGCAAACACUUCCACCUUCUCUGGCCGGUGGUGGCGCUGUGCUGCUGAGCAAUGUGGCGCUGACGCAGGCCAGCGUGAGCUUUGUGACCAUGCUGGGCUCUGGCACACCCGUGAUCACCUACUGCAUGGAGCUCGCCAUAGGCAGCCGGGACGUAACCUGGAAGAGCGCGGUUCCCGUCUUGAUGGGUUGCUUUGGAGGCGCCCUGUGUGUCCGCGGAGAGCGCAGUGCAUCGGUGGUGGCAGUGGCGCUGGUCCUCUUGGGCUGCACCUCUCGCGGUGUGAAAUCCAUUUGGCAGCAGCGGUUAGUCUUCAUGGAGCAGUUGGGGCCAGCACGCCUCGCUGCCUGGGCUGCCUUGUGGACACUCUUGCUGACACUGCCCAUUGCAAUUGCCUGGGAAGGAACCGGUUUCUUUCGGGCAUUGCCGGGCGCUUCGAAAAAUGCACUCGGGGCAACAUUGGUCUCCUGCAUAGCGGCUGUGCUGCUUAACCUGUCUCAGUGGACGUCUAUGCGCUACUUGGGCCCAGUGAUGCAACAGAUGUUUGGCAAUUUGCAGCUCGUUUUCGUACUUGUCCUUGCUGCAGUUUGGCUUGAUGAAGCCUGCUCGCCUGAGCAAGUGCUGGGAACAGUCAUCCUGGUGGUGGCCGUGCUCAUUGCCAAGGGCCAGGCUACCCCGGAGAACGAGCAAAGCGCGCGGAAGUCUCGCCUCAGCCGUGUCCCACAGCCAGGCUAUCAUGCAACGGCAACCACAAGGGCGACAACCGCUAAGACAGAGAUUCCGUGA